ACUCACUGACAGCAGUUUACUGGACUUUAAAAGCUGCUAUGCAUCUGUGUGCUGUUCUGCUGUUUCUCCUCGCCAGGGUCUGUGGGGAAAGUCUGGAGGGGCCAACAGCUGGCUGCACGUUUGAGGAAGACUCCGACCCCAGUCUGUGUGAAUACAGACAGGCACAGGAAGAUGAUUUUGAUUGGCAGCUUGUACGGACCUACAGCUGGCCGCACAUGACCUCUGAACUUAUACAAGGUUCCUACAUGCUGGUGAACUCUUCUCAGUAUGGUGCAGGGCAGCGGGCUCAGCUCAUGUUACGUCCUCUGAGUGAGAACGACACACACUGUGUGCAGUUCAGUUAUUUUCUGUACAGCCGUGAUGGACACAGUCCCGGGGGCCUGAGCGUGUACGUGCGUGUAAACGGUGGCUCGCGGGGAAAUGCCGUGUGGAAUGUUUCCGGCUCUCAGGGGCGGCAGUGGCAUCAGGUGGAGUUGGCUGUCAGCACCUUCUGGCCCAGCGAGUACCAGAUCGUUUUUGAAGCCACAGUCUCAUCGGAGCAGAAGGGUUACAUCGGCCUGGACGAUAUAGUGCUGUUAAACUACCCCUGCUAUAAAGUGCCUCAUUUCUCCAGACUCGGGGAUGUGGAGGUGAAUGCAGGACAGAAUGCCACAUUUCAGUGUGUGGCGACCGGACGCUCCACUAAGACCGACCCCUUCCUGAUGGAGAGGCGUAACGGUGUUCUGAUGUCGCCGUACUCAGUGACGUCAUCAGUAGGUGAGCGUCGAUUGGUUGCGUGGUUUCAGGUGGGCGGAGCCCAACGUGGCGAGCAGGAUCUCUACCGAUGCCUCACUCAGUCGACAUACGGAGCCGCAGUGUCAAACUUUGCUGAACUAAUCGUCAGAGUCCCGCCCACACCGAUAGCUCCGCCCCAGCUGCUGCGCUCUGGCCCCACCUACCUGAUCAUCCAGCUCAACACUAACUCUAUAGUGGGCGAUGGGCCGGUGAUCCGCAGAGAGAUCGUGUACCGGGCCAGCCAUUCGCCCUGGUCUGAAACACACGGAGUCAACUCACUGACGUAUAAAGUCUGGCACCUGGAGCCGGAUACUGAAUAUCGCAUCAGUGUUCUCCUCACGCGGCCCGGAGAGGGUGGGACCGGCCCGCCUGGACCCCCGCUGGUCAGCAGAACCAAGUGUGCUGAGCCCAUGCGUCCGCUCAGAGGACUGACGGCGUCGGAGAUUCAGUCCCGUCAGCUGCUGCUGCAGUGGGAGCCGGUCGGCUACAACCUGACACGCUGCCAUACGUACUCCCUGUCGCUCUGCUACCGCUACUCCACGGCUGCUGGGGGCGGAGCCAGUGGGAAUAAUGCCACGGUGAGGGAGUGUCUGUCGGUGGAGCGGAACACCUCCCGCUUCACGCUCCGGGACCUGCCUCCGUUCCAUUCCGUUCAUGUGAGGCUGGCGCUGGCCAAUCCUGAGGGCAAGAAAGAGAGCCGAGAGGUGACCUUUCAGACGGAGGAAGACAUCCCAGGAGGCAUUGCACCUGAAUCUUUAACCUUCACCCCACUGGACGAUAUGAUCUUUCUGAAGUGGGAGGAGCCGCUGGAGCCUAAUGGUCUGAUCACACAAUACGAGAUCAGCUACCAGAGCAUCGAAUCAUCAGAUCCCAGCAUCAACGUUCCUGGCCCACGGCGCACCGUCUCCAAACUAAAGAACGAGACAUAUCACAUGUUCUCCGGCCUUCAUCCUGGCACCACAUACCUGGUGUCUGUUCGCGCCCGCACCGCCAAGGGCUUUGGCCAGACCGCCCUGACCGAAAUCACCACCAAUAUCUCAGCACCUGCAUUUGAUUAUGAAGACGUCCCCUCUCCACUGAGUGAAUCUGAGAGCACAAUAACAGUCCUCCUACGUCCAGCCUUGGGGAGAGGAGCACCUGUUAGCGCCUAUCAUGUGGUUGUGGUGGAGGAGGAUGGCUCCAGACAGGUGAGGCGGAGGGAGCUGGGACACAUGGAGUGUUUCCCUGCUCCUUCCUCCCAUGGGGAGAGUCCAGGGGGAGGAGGAGGGGCAAGUGGUGCCCCGCCUCAUUACUACACCGCUGAGCUCACGCCCAGCAGCUUGCCUGAGGCUACACCGUUCACUGUAGGGGACAACCACACCUACAACGGCUACUGGAACACACCUCUGGACCCCAGCAAGAACUAUCUCAUCUACUUUCAGGCCUCCAGCAACUUCAGAGGGGAGACCAGGAUCAACUGCAUUCGGAUCGCUCGUAAAGAGGCCUGUAAGGACCAUAAGCGAGCUCUGGAGGUGUCCCAGCAUGCCGAGGACAUGGGGCUGAUCCUUGGGGCCUGUGCCGGGGGGCUGGUUGUUCUCAUCCUCUUGCUGGGAGCCAUCGUGGUUAUUGUCAAGAAAGGAAGAAACAUCUAUUCGUAUCCUUACUACCCCAGGAAGAAGGUGAACAUUAAUAAAGCGGUGAUGACGUAUCGUCAGGAGAAGACGCGUAAGCUGGGGUCACUGGACUGCAGUACGACAGAGCACAGUACACUGCAACAGGACGAUCGCACGGCGCACACCUUCAUGGACUCACAUAACUGCACUGCUAAAAAUGAGCAGCGCAGCACGGUGAACGAGUCCAGCAGCCUGCUGGGUGGUUCUCCCAGAAGACACUGCAGGAGGAAAAGCUCUCCGUACCACACAGGACAGCUCCACCCGGCCGUGAGAGUGGCAGACCUGCUCCAACACAUCAACCAGAUGAAGACAGGAGAGGGCUACGGCUUCAAGCAGGAGUAUGAGAGCUUCUUCGAUGGCUGGGACAUAAACGAAAAGAAGGACAAGACCAAGGGCCGACACGACACUCUUCUGGGUCAAGACCGUCACCGUGUGAAAAUGCAUUCUCUCCUGGCCGAUCCUAACUCAGACUACGUCAAUGCAAACUACAUCGAUGGGUAUCAGCGCUCCAACCAUUUCAUCGCCACACAAGGGCCCAAGCAGGACAUGAUCUAUGACUUCUGGCGCAUGGUUUGGCAGGAGAACUGCUACAGCAUCGUGAUGAUCACCAAACUGGUGGAGGUGGGGAGAAUGAAGUGCUGUAAAUACUGGCCUGAUGACAGUGAGCUCUAUGGAGACAUUAAAAUCACUCUGCUGAAAACAGAAACGCUGGCAGAAUACACCGUACGCACUUUUGCCAUGGAGCGGCGGGGUUACCCAGCUAAACAUGAAGUCUGCCAGUUCCACUUUACGAACUGGCCAGAACAUGGCGUCCCAUAUCAUGCCACAGGACUGCUGGCCUUCCUCCGGCGGGUCAAAGCCUCCACGCCGCCCGACGCUGGCCCAGUGGUGGUCCACUGCAGUAUGGGCGCUGGCCGUACCGGCUGUUAUAUCGUAUUGGACGUGAUGCUGGAUAUGGCGGAGUGUGAGGGUGUGGUGGACAUUUAUAACUGUGUGAAGACGCUCUGCUCGCGACGUAUCAACAUGAUCCAGACUGAGGAGCAGUAUAUAUUCAUCCAUGAUGCCAUAUUAGAGGCCUGUCUGUGCGGAGAGACCGCCAUCCCCAUCAGUGAGUUUGCGCUCACCUUUAAGGACAUGUUGAGUGUGGAUUCUCAGACCAACACCUCUCAACUGCGUGAAGAGUUUCAGACUCUAAACUCUGUCACCCCUCACCUGGACGUCGAGGAGUGCAGCGUUUCCCUGCUGCCCCGCAACCGUGAGAAGAACCGCAGCAUGGACGUGCUGCCGCCCGACCGCGCGCUGGCAUUUCUCGUCUCCACUGAGGGCGAUGGCAACAACUACAUAAAUGCGGCACUGAUGGACAGCUUCCUGCAGCCAGCUGCAUUCGUGGUGACCCCUCACCCCCUGCCCACCACCACCGCUGACUUCUGGAGACUGGUGUUUGACUAUGGCUGUACCUCCAUUGUCAUGCUCAACCAGCUCAACCAGUCCAACUCAGCCUGGCCUUGUCUGCAGUACUGGCCUGAAACAGGCAUGCAGCAGUUUGGACCCAUGACAGUGGAGCUGCUCUCCAGAUCCACUGAUGACAACGUCGUCACUCGCCUAUUCAGAGUGACCAACAUCACACGCCUGCAGGAAGGUCAUCUGGUAGUGCGACAUUUCCAGUUCUUGCGCUGGUCGGCUUAUCGUGAAAUCCCAGACUCUAAGAAGGCCUUUCUCAACCUGCUGGCACAAGUGCAGAAGUGGCAGAGGGAGUGCGGUGAUGGUCGCACUGUAGUGCACUGCCUGAAUGGCGGCGGACGCAGUGGCACUUUCUGCGCUUGCACCAUGAUAAUGGAGAUGGUGCACCAUCACAACAUGGUGGACGUGUUCUACGCCGUCAAGACUCUCCGCAACUCCAAGCCCAACAUGGUGGAGUCUAUGGAGCAGUACAGGUUCUGCUAUGAGCUGGCUCUGGAGUACCUGGAAUGCCUGGAGGUCAGAUAACACAAGAGCUCAAGACCCGAUCAGCACUGGCUUCAACCUCUUCACCUCGCCUCCUCUGUUUCCAUCGGCUUGGGCCAGUCCAGCCCAUAUGAAUGAGCCUUUCUGUCCUCCAGUGAGAAUGCACAUCUACAGGAAGAGUGGGAAUGCAAGACUCGGCACAUUUCUCUAACCUUCAACCUCUAUUGUCCUCUGUGCAUUUUCUGUUUUGACGUUUCUGACCUCCUGUGCCAGAUAUUCCUGCCAAACAUCGAGGGAAUCAAUGAGAUUUCAACAGCUUUGAGAUUAUGUCACAUCAUCUUUGAUCACAUGACUGGCUCUCUGCCUUACACAGCAAGCAGGUGGAAAAAAGGAAAACGAAACCAUGUGAUGACAUGGGUGAUAUUGUAUUUGUACAUUACGUGUAUUGUUAAACUCUGUACAUGGGGCGAUCUACUGUGCUGAUGAAACCCAGUUUUGCUGGAAAGCAUUGCUUGAAUGUAAGGAUGUGAUGGCUGGUGGAGCUUUUCUUUUCAUUGAAUUACUGAAAGGUGAUGUGUAUAAUUUUUUGACAUUAAUCUCCUUUCCCAGCUUAAUGUGCAGAGACCAUAAGUGACCCAUUGAUUCUCAUCAAAAGCGUAACACUGUGGCGCUAUCAAACAUUGACUCAACCAAUGGUGUGACUUUGGGGUGGGACUACGUUUUUGGCUGACCAGUGAGAAAUGGGGGCAUGUUCAGGACUGUUGUUUGAAAAUGGUGAUUUUUUUUCCUUGCAAAUCUUGCAAAUGUUUGGUGAUGCUAGUGGUGCAAAAAUUACACACUUCACCUUUAAAUCUGAAAGUGACACUCGAAAGUGUCAGUAUUUUGACAGGCAAGUCAAAAGAAUAGAUACAAAGAGGGUUUCUGGGUUUAUUUCUUGUUUUCUUUGUGUUUGUGUGUGUAUAUAUAUAUAUAAUAUAUAUAUUUUGCCAAGCAAACAAACAAACAAAAUUGUUUCUAGAUGUUGUCUUUAAUGUGCCAACACAUUUUUAUAUGAGUGUGUGUGGGGGGGGUACGUGAAGAGGAUCACUCAUGCAUGCCUGUUUCAUGUGUCAUUGCAAUCCAUUGUGACCUGUCUGCUUUGAGUGCUACUGCCCGCUGUCAUUGAGUGCAGUAAAAAAAGAAAUAUACGCAACUAUAUAAAGGAAACAGAAAUGCUACUAUUGGAAUAUGGUGAGGCACUCGCCAUAAAGUUGCUUUUUAUCUUUGUAUUUAAUGGUUGUUUUGUUUUCUAAAAAAAAUAAAAUAAAAUAAAAUGUAACAUGAAUGAAUAAAACAUUCCAAUGUUG